CUUUUCUUCGAAUGAAUUCUUUCGAAAUAAAAAUGGACAAGAAAAAAUAUCGGCAAGGAAUCGGUGGAAUUGAACGAAAAAUUCAAGAUCAACAUGAAGAAACAAAUCGAAAUAUUGAUGGUGCAUUUCAAGACCUGAAAAAUUUAAUGUCAUUUCUAGAAGAAAUGGUGAAACUGUCGAAUAGUAUUAAAGAUAAAUUGAAGGAAAAAGGCAAUGAAAUAUCAUCAGAUGAAACCAUUCUCUUCAAAUCUUACCUAUUAAGUCUUGGUGUUGAUGAUGAUAUUGAAGAUCCGGUGAAACGAAGCAAAUAUCGUAGUGAUAAUAAAUACUAUCAAGAUUUGGGUCGACAAGUUGCUAAAAUUAUCAAACCAUUAGCCAAGUCGAAAGGUGGCCAAAUUUCAUUGCCCGAAGUAUAUUGUGCUUAUAAUCGUUCGCGUGGAUUUUCACUAAUUUCACCCGAAGAUUUAUACAAUGGAUGUUCGACAAUGGAGAAACAAAAUCUGGGAAUGAAAAUAGUGAAAUAUCCUAGCGGUCUAAUCACGUUGCAAUGUGAUGAUUUUGAUCAGAAUUAUAUAAACAAUCAGAUAGUUGACAUGUUCGAUCAGUAUGAAUAUCUUACACCGCAAGAAUUUGCAAUCAAAGUAGAUAUUUCCGUUGCAUUGGCACGUCAACGUUUAAUUGAAUCGGAAAAAUUCGGCAUAGUUUGUCGUGAUGAAAGUAUACAAGGAUUAAGAUUUUAUCCAAACAAAUUUGCCGAUUGAUUAAUGAUUUUUUAUGUUGAAUAAUGCUAAUGAUCAGUAAAUAAAUUUUAUUAUUAUUUUUGAUUAAAAAUU